GUAGACCUCUCUCAUCUCCCACCAUGGACUGGAGAGCAUCUACAGUCUGCACACUGCUUCUGGUCCUUACCGGCAUUCAGGUUGAUUCAAAGACAGUCUAUCCCAGCAACCAUGGCAACAACGUCUGUAGCAUGUGGGGAAACUUCCACUUCAAGACGUUCGAUGGAGACCUGUAUCAGUUCCCAGGGAUGUGCGAGUAUAACCUGGUCUCCGACUGCCAAAGCCUCAUCCGCCAGUUCUCAGUUCACGUGAAGAGAACAGAACACAGCACUGGCCCAAAGAUCAGCAGGGUGUCCAUUUCCAUCAAUGACAUUGGCGUUGAGUUCACAGAGGAACAGGUCGUGGUCAAUGGAGAAAAAGUAACGCUGCCCGUGCAUGUCGCAGGGAUCCUUGUGGAAGAGAACACAAUUUACACCAGACUCUAUUCCAAAAUGGGCAUCACUGUCAUGUGGAACAAAGAGGAUGCUGUUAUGGUGGAACUAGACUCCAAAUAUUCCAAUCAGACUUGUGGACUGUGUGGUGACUUCAAUGGAGUUCCAGUUUAUAGUGAAUUCAUUGAAUCUGGACGGAGGGUUGGCUAUGCUGAGUUCGGUAAUAUGCACAGAGUUCCCAACCCAACACACGUCUGUGAAGAUCCUUUUGAAAGCGACGAUGAGGAAAAUGUGGUUGACAAAUGUGAAAAAUUUCGGGCAAAUUGUGCAGAUCUUUUGGAGGAUGAAAAGUGGUCUUCUUGUAGCUGGGUUUUGAACCCAGAGCCAUAUAUCAAGGCCUGUAUGAAUGAUAUUUGCUCGAGCCAACCUGAAGAUGAAGACACCAGCACCUCUGCGCUUUGUGCGACUUUGUCUGAAUAUUCACGUCAGUGCUCUCAUUCCGGAGGAACUCCACCGUCCUGGAGGACAGCAAACUUCUGUGCCAUGAAGUGCCCCUACAAUAUGGUACAUUCUGAAAGUGGCUCUCCCUGUAUGGACACAUGCUCACACAAAGACACAAAUGAACUGUGUGAGGAACACAACAUUGAUGGAUGCUUUUGCCCGCCAGGAACUGUGUUCGAUGACAUCUCAAACACGGGCUGCAUCCCAGCAGAAAAGUGUCAGUGCAAGCAUGACCGUGUCUACAGCUCAGGAGAGAUCCUACGCAAAGAUGAGGAAGAAUGUAUAUGUGAGGAGGGAAACUGGAUCUGUACAACUAUUCCCGGCCCUGGCCUGUGCACAGUAGAGGAAGGAUCUCACUUCACCACCUUUGACGGGAAAGAAUUCACUUUCCAUGGAGAUUGCAACUAUGUGCUCUCAAAAGACUGUAAGGAGUCCAAGUUCAUCAUAUUAGGUCUGAUUGUUCCAUGUUUUAGUCAUCAAACUGACACCUGUUUAAAGUCUGUUGUGGUGCUGUUUGACAACGACAUGAAAAAUCCUCUGAUUAUUAAAGCUGAUGGGACAGUACAACACAAUGCAGAAAUUUCACUUCCUUACAUAACAGCUGACUUCACGGUGUUCAUGCCAUCAUCGUUUCACAUCAUGCUUCAGACCACCUUUGGGCUGCAGGUGCAGGUACAGCUGGUGCCUCUCAUGCAGGUCUACAUCACUGUGGACCAAAGCUUCCAGGGCAAGACUUGCGGUAUCUGUGGAAAUUUUAACAAAGUGCUGUCAGAUGACCUGACGACCCCUCAAGGAAUGGUGGAGGGUACCGCUGUUUCCUUCGCAAAUGCCUGGAAAGCCCAAUCCAACUGCCCCGACCGUGCUGAGAGACUGGACGACCCCUGCUCCUACAGCAGUGACAGCGAGCACUUCGCUGAGUACUGGUGUUCCAAGAUGAAGGACAAGGAGAGCCUUUUUGCCAAAUGUCACAACACUGUCAAUCCAGACAGCUACUACAAAAGAUGCAAAUACUCCAGCUGUACCUGUGAGAAGAGUGAGGACUGUCUGUGUACAGUGUUCUCCUCGUAUGCCCGAGCAUGUGCAGCUAAAGGAAUAAUGCUCCAAGGCUGGAGAGACAUCGUGUGCAAGAAAUAUACAGAGAAUUGCCCGGCCUCCCAGAACUACUCCUAUGAGCUGCAGAACUGUCAGCGUACCUGUCUGUCUCUCGUCUCUGAGCGCCAAAGCUGCAGCGUUGACUUUGUGCCCGUUGACGGAUGCGCAUGUCCAGAGGGACUCUACCAGGAUGAGAACGGACUGUGUGUACCUAUGGAAAAAUGCCCAUGUUACAACAACGGACAGAAAAUUCAUCCCGGCAAGUCUGUCACCAUUAGGGAAGAACACUGUGUUUGCAUGAAUGGAAAACUUCAUUGUCGUUCCUGGAAAACCCAAAUUCUGGGAUGUUCCCCUCCGAAGGUUUUCUUCAACUGCAGUACAGCAGCUCCAGAUGAACAUGGACUGGGGUGUGCAAAGACAUGUUUGCAACAGGAAGUUGACUGUUUCUCACUGGACUGUCAGUCUGGCUGCCAGUGUCCUUUUGGUCUAUUGGAUGAUGGGAGAGGGCACUGUGUUAAACCGGACAACUGCCCGUGUAAACAUGAUGGACAGUAUUAUGCACCAGGAGCUGAGAUAACCAUAGAUUGCAAUCAAUGCACCUGCAAACGGGGAAAAUGGAAAUGUACACAUUAUAAGUGUCCAGGCAUAUGCACCAUUUACGGCAGUGGACAUUAUAGAACUUUUGAUCAGCGAAGAUUCGGCUUUAGGGGAGAUUGCAGUUAUAUUGCUGCUCAGGACAAGUGUGGAGAUAAAACUGGCAACUUUCGUGUGAUCACUGAGAAUAUGCCUUGUGGAACAACAGGAACCACUUGUUCAAAGGCUGUCAAGAUUCUUUUGGGGAGGACUUUGCUGCUGCUUUCUGAUGGAAUUGUAACACCCAUUGAUACUGAAAGUGGUCCAAACAUCGAGUACACUAAGAGGAACAUUGGGAUGUACCUUGUCAUUGAUGCUAACAUUGGACUGACAGUUUUGUGGGACCGCAAAACCACCGUCCGCAUCAUUCUGCAACCUCAGCACAUGGGAGACGUUUGUGGUCUGUGUGGAAAUUUCAAUGGAAAUGGAAAAGAUGACUUUACCACCCAGGGAAAUUUGCCAACUUCAAAUGUCCUGGAGUUUGUAGACAGCUGGAAAGUGUCGAGCAUUUGCCCGGAUUCAAAACCAGACUACAACCCAUGUCAUGAGACCCCCAAUCGAGAGACAUGGGCAAAAAUACAAUGUAGCAUCAUCAAGGACAUCAAGGGUCCAUUCAUAGUGUGCCAUAAAAAGGUGGAUCCAAACCCAUAUUAUGAGAACUGUGUGAAGGACUCAUGUGCAUGUGACACAGGUGGAGAUUGUGAGUGCUUCUGUACAGCUGUUGCAGCUUACGCUCAAGCCUGCAAUGAAGCAGAUGUUUGUGUGAACUGGAGAACACCUGAGAUCUGCCCUGUGUACUGUGACUACUACAAUAACGGAACGGAAGAUUGCACAUGGCAUUACAGUCCUUGUCAUACACCUUGCUACAAAACCUGUCUCAACCUUAAUGGUACCUGCAGUGAUAACAGUUUACCCCAUCUGGAAGGAUGUUAUCCAAAAUGUCCAGAGGAUAAGCCUAUUUUUGAUGAGCAAAAACAGAUGUGUGUGAUGGAAUGUAUACCUUCCACAACUACCCCUACACCAACAACUACCACAAAGUCUACUACAACAACGCCAGAACCAACCACAUCAUCACCAGAACCUACUACAUCAUCCACCCCUACACCAACAGCUACAACAAUGUCUAAUACAACAACAACAGGACCUACCACAUCAUCCACCCCUACACCGACAACUACUACAAUGUCUACUACUACAACACCUGAACCUAUAACAUCAUCUACACCCACACCGACAACUACCACAGAAUCCUCCACUACAACAUCAUGUAUGAUAUGUUGGUGGACUGACUGGUUUAACGUAUAUAAUCCUGCAGUAGGAGGAGGUGAUGACUUGGAGACUUAUAAAAACAUUGCAGAAAGUGGAAAAGAGAUCUGCGAAGAGCCAAUAGAUAUUGAAUGUAGGGCUGUGGGCCAACCUGACAUGAGCUUUGAUGAUUAUAUUAAUCAUUCAAAUCAAGUUGCCCAUUGCAAUGUUUCAUAUGGAUUGGUGUGUAAGAAAGAACAACAGAAUUCCCGGCCGUAUAAAUGUGUUGACUAUGAAAUACGUGUUUACUGCUGUAUCCCUUGUUCAAGUACCACAUCAUCUACUCCUACAACAACAACUACCACAAAGUCAACUACAACAACACCAGAACCUACCACAUCAUCUACACCUACACCAACAACUACUACGUCUACUACUACAACACCAGAAGGUGACACAUCAUCUACCCCUACACCGACAACUACUACAACAUCUACUACAACAACUACAACAACACCAGAACCUACCACAUUAUCUACACCUACACCAACAACUACUACGUCUACUACUACAACACCAGAAGGUGACACAUCAUCUACCCCUACACCGACAACUACUACAACAACAGAACCUACCACAUCACCUACCCAUACACCGACAACUACUACAACAUCUACUACUACAACACCAGAACCUACCACAUCAUCUACUCCAACAACAACUACCACAAAGUCAACUACAACAACACCGGAACCUACUACAUCAUCUACACCUACAACACCAGAACCUACAACUUCAUCUACUCCUACACCGACAACAACAACAAAGUCUACUACAACAACACCAGAACCUACGACAUCAUCUACCCCUACACCAACAAUUUCAACAAAGUCUACUACAACAACAACCACAAAACCUACCACAUCAUCUACUCCUACACCAACAACUACAACAACACCAGAACCUACCACAUCAUCUACACCUACACCAACAACUACUACGUCUACUACUACAACACCAGAAGGUGACACAUCAUCUACCCCUACACCGACAACUACUACAACAUCUACUACAACAACAGAACCUACCACAUCACCUACCCAUACACCGACAACUACUACAACAUCUACUACUACAACACCAGAACCUACCACAUCAUCUACUCCAACAACAACUACCACAAAGUCAACUACAACAACACCGGAACCUACUACAUCAUCUACACCUACAACACCAGAACCUACAACUUCAUCUACUCCUACACCGACAACAACAACAAAGUCUACUACAACAACACCAGAACCUACGACAUCAUCUACCCCUACACCAACAAUUUCAACAAAGUCUACUACAACAACAACCACAAAACCUACCACAUCAUCUACUCCUACACCAACAACUACAACAACACCAGAACCUACCACAUCAUCUACCCCUACACAAACAACCACAAAGCUAACUACAACAACACCUGAACCUACCACAUCAUCCACCCCUACACCGACAAUUACCACAAAGUCAACUACAACACCAGAACCUACCACAUCAUCUAUUCCUACAACAACAACUACCACAAAGUCAACUACAACAACACCAGAACCUACCACAUCAUCUACACCUACACCAACAACUACUACGUCUACUACUACAACACCAGAAGGUGACACAUCAUCUACCCCUACACCGGCAACUACUACAACAUCUACUACAACAACUACAACAACACCAGAACCUACUACAUCAUCUACACCUACACCAACAACUACUACAUCUACUACUACUACACCAGAAGGUGACACAUCAUCUACCCCUACACCGACAACUACUACAACAUCUACUACAACAACAGAACCUACCACAUCAUCUAUUCCCACAACAACAACUACCACAAAGUCAACUACAACAACACCAGAACCUACCACAUCAUCUACACCUACACCAACAACUACUACGUCUACUACUACAACACCAGAAGGUGACACAUCAUCUACCCCUACACCGACAACUACUACAACAUCUACUACAACAACUACAACAACACCAGAACCUACCACAUCAUCUACACCUACACCAACAACUACUACAACAUCUACUACAACAACAGAACCUACCACAUCACCUACCCAUACACCGACAACUACUACAACAUCUACUACUACAACACCAGAACCUACCACAUCAUCUACUCCAACAACAACUACCACAAAGUCAACUACAAGAACACCGGAACCUACUACAUCAUCUACACCUACACCAACAACUACUACAUCUACUACUACAACACCAGAACCUACAACUUCAUCUACUCCUACACCGACAACAACAACAAAGCCUACUACAACAACACCAGAACCUACCACAUCAUCUACCCCUACACCAACAAUUUCAACAAAGUCUACUACAACAACAACCACAAAACCUACCACAUCAUCUACUCCUACACCAACAACUACAACAACACCAGAACCUACCACAUCAUCUACUCCUACACCGACAACAACAACAACAAAGUCUACUACAACACCAGAACCUACCACGUCAUCUACCCCUACACCAACAACUACUACAUCUACUACUACAACACCAGAACCUACCACAUCAUCUACUCCUACACCGACAACAACAACAAAGUCUACUACAACACCAGAACCUACCACAUCAUCUACCCCUACACCGACAACUUCUACAGCAUCUACUACAGCAACACCAGAACCAACAACAUCAUCUACCCCUACACCAACAACAACACAGUCUAGAUCAACAACUGAAACAAUAAGUGUUGUUACUGGAGAAACAAUAACACCUGGAUCACAAGUUUCAGAAACAACACCAACUCCACCUUACGACUGUCCAGAAUGGGACAAAAAUACCAAUGAGACCUUCUACUUAUGUGACUGCUAUAUGGCGAGGUGCAUAGAAGACAACAUCAUCGAAAUUAUCCCAUUUGAAUGCCCUCCACUGCAGAACAUCACCUGUGAAAAUGGCAAAGAACCAGUGCUUGUCUAUGAUGAGCAUGGCUGCUGCCAAUAUUAUGCAUGUGACUGCUUUUGUGAAGGCUGGGGUGACCCGCAUUACAUCACAUUUGAUGGACACUUCUACAGUUAUCAAGGAAACUGCACUUAUGUAUUAAUGGAGGAAAUCAGGCCUAAAUUUCAUUUGGCGAUCUACAUCGACAGUGUCUACUGUGACCCUGUUGAGCGUGUAUCCUGUCCCAGAUCUAUAAUUGUGUCUUACAACAAACUAGUCAUAACACUCACAAAUCACAAUCUCAUAGGAGGUGCAGACCUAGAGGUUUUUGAAAACAACGUAAAGAUACCACUACCACAUGCACGUAAUGGAGUGAGAAUUGUAAGCUCAGGUCUAGACUUGAUCCUGAGUAUUCCACUGCUGGGUGUUAAUAUAACAUUUGGAGCCACUGGUUUUGGCGUUAAUCUGCCAUUCCAGCUUUUUGGAAACAACACACAAGGUCACUGUGGAACAUGCAACAACAACAAGGCUGAUGAUUGCAUGAUCCCUGGAGGGAUCUUGGUGGACGACUGUGCAGUGAUGGCAGAUUACUGGCCAGCCAGUGGUGUGAAUGGUGAUAUUUGCACUCCACCUACUGCAUUACCUCCUGUUGGGGGUGACAAACCUACAUCUAAGCCAUGCCCAGUUAAUCCUGACUGCAAUCUCCUCAAAAGCGAGGUGUUCGAAGCAUGCCAUUCCCAUAUGUCCCCCGAUAACUUCUUUACAGCAUGUGAAUAUGACAGUUGUCAUAUGAGCAACCCUGCCGUGGUGUGUACCAGUCUGCAGACUUACGCAAGGUCUUGCUCUCAAUUAGGGAUUUGCAUACACUGGAGGAACUACACUAACCUUUGCAAUAUUGAAUGUCCAGAAGAUAAAGUCUUCAAUCCUUGUGGUCCAGCUGAGCCACAAACCUGUGCUGAUAUACCUGGACAGAACACAAUUAAAGUGCCCACAGAGGGCUGCUUCUGUCCCGAUGGCUCAUUGCUCUUUAACAAGGAGUCAGGAGUCUGUGUGAACAAAUGCGGAUGCCUGGAUGCCUCUGGAACACCACGUGAGUUUGAUGAAGUUUUUGAGUACAACUGUGAGGAGUGUAUCUGUGAGAAGGCCAGCAAAUCUAUAAACUGUAAGCCCAAGAAGUGUGCUGAUGUGAACCCCGCGAGCUGCUCUGAGCCUGGCUUUGUGCUGGUCAAUGUCACUGAUCCUUCAGACCCAUGCUGCAGCAAACAAGUUUGCAAUUGUGAUGUCAACAUGUGCCCACCUAUGGAUACAAAGUGUGCAGUCGGGUAUGCACCAGUCUUGGAAGUGCCUGAUGGAAAAUGCUGUCCAGUAAUCAGAUGCGAGCCAAAAAAAGUGUGCGUCCACAAAAAUGUGGAAUAUCAGCCUGGUACAGACAUCCCCGUUGUUGACUGCCAGGAAUGCAGCUGUACAUGGGACGUGGAUCCUAAAACGCAGUUCUUCAAGAUCAAUUGUGGAUUUGUGCAGUGCAAUGAAAAAUGUGAUCCUGGUUAUGAAUAUCUUGAUACGAACCCUGACGACUGCUGUGGAAAGUGUGUGCAAACUCACUGCAUUGUCAGUAUUAAUGGCGUCGAUCAUAUACUGAAGGAAGGAGAGACUUUGCCCUCGACAAAUCAGGGCUGUGAUAGAAUCACAUGUACUAAAGUUAAUGGACAAUUCAUCACCAACAAACACACAGUCCAGUGUCCUCCUUUCAACAUUACCAACUGCCAGCCUGGCACCGUCCAGCUGUCAUCUGAUGGCUGCUGCAAAGUUUGUUCGGACCAAAUUAAGGGAUGUCAGGUACAGACCGUUCUCGAUUACAUAAAUCACAAUGACUGUCAGUCAGAGAAGAAAAUGGACCUGACAUUUUGUGGUGGAGACUGUGCUAGUUUUAGCAGGUACACUGAACCUGGAUUGUCCGCUUGUACCUGUUGCCAGGCCACUCGCUCAAGUAAUCGCACAGUGAAUCUUGGUUGCAUAAACGGAGACACAGUGGCCUACAUGUACAUCCAUGUUGAGGAGUGUGCCUGUAGAAGAACUAACUGUCAUAGACCAGGAGUGGGCCACAUACUCAUUGAAGACAGUCAAAGAAAACGCAGCUUAGGACUUCCAUGAGCAGCAGCAGUAAAUCAUCCUUACGAAGUCACUGAAAUAUGAAUUCUAUGAAAACCUUGUUUGGAAAUUUGCACAUGCUUUGUUUAAUGCUUCUAAAACUUUAUCUAUAGAUCUCCUUUUUCUUUUCUUAAAUGCAUACUAUUUUGCUUGUGUUUCAAAUUAAAAUCAAUAAAAGCAUCUUAAACCUAAA